AUGGGAGACUUCUCUGUUCACUUUUUCGAAGAUUCGCCUGUUAGCCGUAGUGCAAUUGGAAAUCUGUUGUACGUCUGUGUUCUUUUCACACAUUCCUUUGAAUUUCUGAGAAAUAACACAAAUACUCAAAAAACCAAACGAGAGGCGACUCCUGGAGAGGACAUGGAAGCUUUUACGAAAAAUUUAACAAUUAUGAAAACGGAAGAAGAAUGUGAGCGUUUUGUCAAUAAUGGAGUAUGGGAUGUUUGUCAGUCAUUAAUCGAUCAAGAACAAUGCGGUGGUAUAGAAUACAAAUAUUCAACUGAUGACUAUUUUCGGCAUCCCGCACUUUGGGGUGGUUGUGGAUUUUUAAUUGGAUGUAUUCUAGCUCUAAUUGCAUUUUUAAUUGGAUCUUUUAUUUGUGGAAAGUGCUGCAAGAAGAAGAGUUCAACUAACAUUCGAAAUGGUACUGGAUCUGGUUCAGCAUCAGUUGAAGGAGGAAAAGCAUCGAAGGGAACAUCAUCCGAUACAAAAAAUUCGUCAGGAGACAAAAAGGGAAAAACAUUCCCCAAUCUCAAUAUUUUGAUGAUUAGUUUGGGGCCAGCUGAUAAACCAGUUGCAAAGAAUCAGACGGUGGCCAUGAAACCGAACAGAACAAUGGCUAAAUCCGUGAGAGAUAAUGAAAAGAAAAGAAAGAAUAAGCAUGGAAAGACGGUUGGAGCAUUGACUGCAAUGGAAGUUACUAUGUACAAGUGA